AUGUCGUCCACUGACACCAACACAGCCAACAUGCCACCGAAGCCGGUAACCCCAAAGGCCCCGAGCCGUCCCGCCGCCGCCCCCAAGAAGAAAGCCGACACGCCAAAGGAUCCAACUUCUAGUAAGCCGGCCAAGAAGCUCAAGAUUGCUCGGAACCGCAAGAACGACGGCAAUGAAGAUAUUCUCGCUCCCAGAACGGAUCCAAAAAGCUUCGUGCAAUUACACAAAGGCGAAGGCCAGGUCGGCUCCUACGCCAUGUUCGGCCGCCGGGACGAGUUCCGCAAGUUCGUCAUGUCUAGCCUAGUGCUGAACGGCUAUACCAAUGCUUACACCGACCGCGGAACAAUUAAAAUGCGCCGGAGGGACGUAUUAGAGUACAUCCGUGACCAGGAGAAGGAAAUGAAGUCCGAGGAAAGCCCCAUCGACCUCUACAGACAGGUUGAGAGGGCUGCUUCCGGGCAAUGGCCAUUCGACCAAGAGCAGGAGAAGAAGGCUGUCAGCGCGUUCGAGGCCCUGGCAGGAACGCAAGCAUCGGCUUUUGACCGUUCGGACGUGAGCGUGAAGAGCUUCGGCCCCUACCUCAAGUACGGAGAAAGCGACCUAGAGCCAUACAGCCGCACGUUCAACGUGAUCUUGUGUCUUUCGUGGUCAUUGAGCCCCAAAGUAUGGAGCAAAAGGUUCGAAAAUGCCAAGUGGGACGAGGAGGUCCGUUUUAGUACAUCUCACGUCCCGCAUUGGAUGCGAGAGCGAGACGGCACAAAGAAGACCGCCAAAGCCCCAGACCAAGCAACAAAUACAUCCGAGCCGCCCAAACCGAUCCCGGAAGUGCUUGUAUCUUGGAAGAUGACUUCCCCUUUACCUAAACAACGAGAGCUCACGGAGUGGUUAACAGAAACCGGGCUGGUCGACAACAUCCCAAGUGAACUCCCGACAACAAUCAGGCCGACAGCAACCCGCGCAGAAGUCCGCGACAUCAUCCGAGCCAAGUUUCAAUUGGAUCAGAACCAGGCCCAGAUCGCAACACUGCAGGUGAAGAGCUCGUUGUCGAACAUCAUGAAGCAAGAUUGGAGCGCCGUGCAGAGAGAGCUAUGGUCUGGAAUCGAUUCAAGCCCAGUUGUCGAGAUGACCUUGAUCCACGUUGUCUGA